AUGGCAACACAGGACCAGCCGGCAGUGAGGGGACACAAGAAUGGAUACAUGCUAUAUGAUAAUCUAAAUACUUUUGAUAAGAUAGAACUAAGGAUGCUAUUUGUUUAUCGUGUGUUGGUCUUUGUACCUGUGACACAGGGCAAAAUCAUAGCUGCUGAUGUGUGUAUAUACUCGUGGCCACCAUUUGACAUUAACAGCCACUGUCCUGAUACAAGUGCAGCAGCUCUCCAGAUACACAGAUGGUCAAACAUAAGCUUUACCCAGUGGAAGUACGAUAGUCAACCACUCGGCCAUGACUUGUUCAACAACCUCGGAGGCUGCCCUGUCAGAGUUAUUGCAGUGCCCUUUCCUCCUUUCAUUUUGAAAGAAAGUUUUCAUACAAAUGGGUAUCGUCAGUUUGCAGGAAUGGAAAUAAAUUUGCUAAAUGAAAUUUCAAAGGCAAUGAACUUCAGUAUUCAUUAUGUCAAAACAACUUUAAAUAACAAAGAUAGAGGUGUGUUGUUACCAAAUGGAUCAUGGACUGGAGUCCUGGGGCAGAUAAAACGGCGAGAGGCAGAUAUUGCAGCUUUCACAUUCGCAAUAAAUAUUGAAAGAUAUAAAUACUUUGAUUUUUCGGCCUACCACCUUAUAGAUGAGUUUCACUGGGUAGUUCCAAGAGCAAUCCAGAAAGCAGAAUGGAAGAAUUUAGUAAUCGUAUUUUCUCCUGCACUGUGGGUGCUUGUAGUGAUAUCUCUUGUUGCCUUCUCAUUAUUGGCACGACUCUCAUUGGCAAACAGUCUUAUGCUACUCAGGGAAACAUUUCCAACAUUCCUCUGUGUGCUGAAAAUGCUGGCAAUUCUGCUGGGAUCCAGCAAUGGAGAUAACCACCGCCUUUCCAUAAGGAAGUAUAUUAUCAUUCCAUGGAUACUGGCAUGCAUCAUACUGAAUGCUUCUUACCAGACAACACUCAUAAGUGCCCUCACAAAACCAGGUUACGAAUAUCAGGUAUCAACAGAAGAAGAUAUUCUGCACUCAGGAAUGAGAAUAGAACUGCUCCCAGUUUUUAAUUAUUACUUCAGCAACCUCAAUGACCCUACAGAGAGUGAGAUCUCACAACGGAAGAUCAACAUAGCUGACCUGCCAGCUUCAUACAAUCGCACUGCCUCCUCCAAGAACAUUGCUACCGUCAGCAGCAGGCAGUUUUGGUUGUACCACGGUGCAUCUUACCUGGAUGAGCAGCAACAGCCACUUCUGUAUGCCUUUAAGUCAGCAAUCAGCUUCAGUCUACAUGGGUUGUUGAUGCCUCGAGGCAGUCCCCUCAAGCCAAAUAUUGACGCUGUUAUCAAAAGUAUUAGAGGCAGUGGACUCUUGAACAAGUGGCUUCAUGAUGUCAACCAGCGAAAUUUAUUGCAACAGUUCAGUCAUUCUGGUGAAACACAGGUAUAG